GAGAAAACUGAAAAACUCCCACACUGCUGCUUAAAGCUGCUGACGCUCCACACACUGAAUCUUCACUCACAGACUCAAUGGCUUCCAGAUCAGAGGACGAUCUCUGCUGUCCGGUGUGUCAGGAGGUCUUCAGAGAUCCUGUUAUUCUGUCAUGUAGCCACAGCUUCUGUAAAGACUGUCUGAAGAGAUGGUGGAGAAAGAAAAAAACACACGAGUGUCCAGUUUGUCAGAGAAGAUCUUCAGGGAAUGAUCAACUUGUAAACCUGGCUUUAAAGAACCUGUGUGAGUCGUUCUUAGAAGACGGAGAUCAGACAGCUUCAGAGGCUCUCUGCAGUCUGCACUCUGAGAAACUCAAACUCUUCUGUCUGGACCAUCAGCAGCCAGUGUGUCUCAUCUGCAGAGACUCAGAAAAACACACCAACCACAGAUUCAGACCCAUCGAUGAAGCUGCACAACAACACAAGAAGGAACUUCAGGAAACUCUGGAGUCCUUAAAGAAGAAGUUGAAGGUUUGUGCAGAACUUCAAGUGAAGUUUGAUCAAAUAGCAAAACACAUUAACGUCCAGGCCCGACACACAGAGACUCGGAUUAAGGAGCAGUUUAAGAAGUUUCUCCAGUUUCUAGCAGAGGAAGAGGAGGACAGGCUGGCUGCACUGAGGGAGGAAGAGGAGCAGAAGAAUGUGAUGAUGAAGGAGAAGAUGGAGUCCCUGAGCAGACACAUAGCUGCUCUUUCAGACACAGUCAGAGCCACAGAGGAGGAGCUGAGAGCUGAAGACAUCUCAUUUCUGCACAACUACAAGGCUGCAGUGGAAAGAGUACAGCACUACCCCCUGCUGGAUGAUCCACAGCUGCCCUCAGGAGCUCUGUUAAACCAGGCCAAACACCUGGCCAAUCUGACCUUCAACAUCUGGAACAACAUGAAGGACAUGGUCUCCUACACUCCUAUCAUUCUGGACCCAAACACUGCUCAUCCAGAACUCAUCCUCUCUGAGGAUCUGACCAGUGUGAGACGAGGAGAUGAACAACAGCUUCCUGAUAAUCCAGAGAGGUUUGAUCGGUUCUACUCUGUCCUGGGCUCUGAAGGCUUUGACUCUGGGACUCACAGCUGGGAUGUCGAGGUUGGAUACAGUACAUGGUGGAACCUGGGUGUGUUUGCAGAGUCUGUGCAGAGGAAGGGAGACAGAUUGUCUGGAUUAUGGAGAAUAAGGUUCUAUGAAGGUAAAUAUUACGCGUGGUCACCAUCAGCUCCAGACACUGCUCUCUCAGUACAGAAGAAGUUUCAGAGGAUCAGAGUGAAUCUGAACUGUAACAGAGGAAAGCUGUCGUUCUCUGAUCCUGAUACUAACACACACAUACACACCUUCACACACACUUUCACUGACAGGAUGUUUCCAUUCAUUAACACUGUGGUUGGUAAAUUGAAGGUUCUGCUGUAGAAGGUGUCAUUGUCAGUGUAAAUUAAUUCAUCAUAAUUAUAUUUUAAUGUUGUUACAAACCUGUUAAACUGCAGCUGUCCUCCUGCUGCCUUAUUGUUCCAAAGCUCUUUAUUAAUCACACUGUUCUCACUCUUUCUUUGUUUCUGCUGUCCACUUUUUCACAUGGAAAAUCAUUUCACUGUUUCUUGUUGAAUG